AUGGCCACCAAAUACGACUCUGUAAAGUGCAAAUCAUGCGCUAGAGUCCUCGCUGUGGUAUCAGCCACUGGGCUUGUACCUACGACCUCGCCUAAUGCCUCCCAUGCAGGAUGCAGCACAUGUCAGCGAUUUGACUCUCUGUAUGACGCGAUUAGAGAAGCCGAUACUGAAUGGACUGUACUCGAAAACAAGCGCGACUCAAUUAGUAAAUCAUUCGCGCGAGACAACCACAAGCGGGCUCAUAUGGAGUUCGAUAACUGGUUGAUGACCGUUGAAGCACCAGGACCAGCAAGAGACGCGCAAAAUGAACACCCCGAGGACAAGGACCAUGGAGGAGGGGACUUUAUCAACGACGACAAACAAGAUAUAGCUGGUCCCAAGCGUCGAAGAUCACACUCGCCUACUACCCAGCGGUCUGGAGAAUCAUCCGAUACAGCACCACAUGGACAGCAAGGCAUGUCGCUGUCUCUCAGGCCAUCGCCUAAACGAUCGCACAGCUCAUCAGCCUCGAUAUCACGCAAGCGACUCAAAUUUUCCGAUUCAGUCGAGUUCCAUGAGAAUUACAGGACCAGUGAGCAGUAUCACCGACCGAGCGAAACGUACGCGCGAGGGAGAAAUGCGCCGCCUGAGGGUUCCGAGUACAUGGACACUAGUGGAUCGGGUCUGACCUUCCUGAAGUUCACCGGUAUGAAGAAAGUUGGCGCCAAAUGGGUUGAGCUGAGCGAGGAAGAGCUUGCAAAGCAGAGCGAAAAAGCAAAGACUUGGGCACAGCUGCGGAAACUCGCAACUGCAGGGAAACCGCAAGCUGAUACACCGGAGGCCGAUGCAGAAGUAGAGGUGAGGCAGGAUGACGAUGCUCCUCAAGAUGCUCGUGCAGCAAGACUUGCACGAAGAGCUAAGGGAACAAGCGCGGAAUCAGUGCAAGCUCGGGGCACGACAAGUAGACGGGGCCGGGGCACCCUGCGAAAAGGGAAACAACCAUCGCUUGUCAGUGCAGUGGAUGAUGUCCCAGAGACUGCGUGUGACUCUACCCUCGUCUCGAAUACCACAACAACAACACAUGGAAAUGAUCAUCAUUCGGACGGAGAUCUAGGUCGGGUGGAGAUCAUCGCAUCUGGAGACGACGGUCUGGAGCGAAGACAUGACGCUGUUCCCAGAACAGAAACCACAGCGGCAAUGUGCGCCGAUCAAGUACGAGACCCAGCCACACCCCACGAGGAGCCCCACAAGGAUAUGCAAGUGAUUAGCGAGGCAAUGUGCCAGAGUAUUGCAGCUCAGCCAAACACCGGUAGUGUGGAGUCUCAACCAACAGUCGUAUCUGGAUACGACCAAUCGCAACUCGAGCCAAGGAAGAAUGCCUUAUGCACAGAUCAUGAUGCACCGGAAAUUGAGAUACCUGAGGCGUCGUCUGGGUCUCGAGUUCUGCGACCGACCUCAGGUAACCUUGAGGAUACCGGCAUCGCAAGUACGCGAGACCUAGACCAUCUCUCAGAUGCUCGCCCCAAUUCUGAGAAAAUUCCGGUGCGAAAGGAGGAUGCUGUGCGCGAUGACCCUGGAGUGUCAACUCAAAACACGCCUACUGCUGCAGAGAAGGCUAUCGCGACAGGAACAUCUCUGCAACAGCCAUCCGCGGAGCGUGAAGACCUCGUCACGGAGCUGAACACGUCUACAUCAGCUGACAACAAGCUCCAAGUGCAGGGUCACUCCAAUGUGGACAUCGCUAGCGCCACGAUACCGCAAGACCCUGAUCGCCCUCCUGCAGCCAGAAUGCCCACAGAAGAAGCGUAG